UCUCUCUCUCUGAAGUUCACAGAGUUCGUUUACCGUGACCACCAGUUGGCAUUGUCUACAAAUCUUUUCGCCGGAAUAAUCAGGAAGAUGAGUGGUGGUGAAGUUGUCGUAGCUGCUGCUAGAGUCUACCAUGACCUUCUUAAAGCAGUUGCGAAACAUGUUGGCAAAGAAGACCACAAGUCUCAUUUCACAGACUUUGUAAAGAACGAGUUUCAGAAGAACGCACACUCAGUCGAGAAAAUCAAUCUUGCCCGCAACUACACUUAUCUUCUUAAUAGCAUUCACUCUCACAAGGAUCUGUUGUUCUCAUACAACAUUGCAGUUGAUAGAACUGAAGAAAUGAAGCAGAGUGCUUGGCAAAUCUGCAGCUAGUGUUGGGCUUCGUCUUCCCGAGGUUUACCAGCCUUGAUCAUGAUCAUCAUUUCCU